AAUAGAAAUAAAGACUUUAAGCAGCUAGUAGCUUUACAGAAUACAGAUUCCAACGAUGGAUAAAUGCUUCUUGGAAUAAAAGGAAAUUAAAAAAUUGGGAUUCUCCGUUUCUCCUUCCUUCUCGGUGACGGAAGGAACUUGGAAAUAGGAACAACUCUUCCUCAAAUAAUUAUUGCAAAUCACGGACGCACACGACUCACGCGACUCACGCCAGAUUUGAACGUCGAGACACACAGAAUUGCGGAACGAUCUUAUCUUCUCAUUCUCUCUAUAAAAGACCUUUCUGGUUUCAAAUCUUAGCCUUAUAGACGAGAUUCAUUGCUGCUUUGCUCUCGAGUGAGAAGAGGAUAAAUUGAGAUAAAGGGCAGGGCUGUCAAGAUAUUCUUGGCAGCCCAAUUUCCCUAUCGUUAGCGGUGAACCUACCACUGAGGUGAUUCACAUUGGGGAAGCUUCUGUGUUGUUGGUUGGUUUCUUGUUUAACUUCGUCUUUGCAAUUUUUCUUUGCUGCUUACCCAUAUAAGAAGAUUGCUUGAUAUUGUUAUGAGACAAUCCAAUCUUCUCAACUAUGGGUUCCAUGUCUGGAAUCCUUCACAGACCUCUAACUGCUGCCGCUGCUGUUGCCGUUGCUGCUGUCUCUGCUAAUAAUUUCACUGAUAAAUUGCCCACUACCAAGUCAUCUGAAUCAGAAACAUUGAGUUCUUCUCAUCUAAGUUCUGUAGAGGAAUCGAGGUCAUGGGUGUCUCGAAUUUCUGUCCCUAAUCUUAGAAACUUGUCAUUUGCUACAAGGGUUCGGAUUCCUGUACCUAACAUUAGAUACCCAGUUCCUAAUUCUGGCUUUCCAAACGCUCCCAGUUCAUGGUUCAAUUCGCUUUCGACUUCUGUUGCUUCUCCUCCUGUUCUUGUAACAUCGUAUCAGUCUGCGGAGUUGGCCAAAGCCCCAAAGUCAUCUGAAUUUAUACACUGCUCCCCUUCUUCUCCUUCUGAGAUGCUGUACAGAUGGCAUUUACCAGACCCAAAUGCUUAUGGGGAUUCUGGUAAUUCGGAAUGUUCAUCUACGAAGUCUAGAACAGUUGUUGUUUUACUUGGAUGGUUGGGGGCCAAGCAGAAGCAUCUGAAGAGAUAUGCAGACUGGUAUACAUCAAGGGGGUUCCAUGCCAUUACCUUUACUUUCCCGAUGUCUGAGAUCCUCAGUUAUCAGGUUGGUGGGAAAGCUGAAGAGGACAUAGAGUUGCUUGUGAACCAUCUGGCUGGUUGGUUAGAAGAAGAACACGGGAAAAAUCUCAUUUUUCACACUUUCAGCAAUACCGGUUGGUUGACUUAUGGGAUUAUUCUUGAGAAAUUUAAGAAACAGGAUCCUACUUCAAUGGGUAAUAUUAGGGGUUGCAUUGUUGACUCAGCUCCUGUUGCAGCUCCAAACCCACAGGUCUGGGCUUCAGGCUUCUCAGCUGCAUUUUUGAAAAAGCAGAGCAUUGCAACAAAAGGAUUGGCUAGUGCUGAUUCUGGUGUUGAAGUCAGAGGUAGUGCGAAAAGCGAGGAACCCAAACCUGCUGUAACCGAAGCAGCUUUGCUAGUUGUUCUGGAGAAGUUCUUUGAGGUGGUUCUGAAUCUUCCUAAAGUUAACAGGAGGCUCUCUGAUGUGCUGGGUCUGUUAUCCUCCGAACAGCCAAGAUGUCCACAGUUAUAUAUCUACAGUUCUGCAGACAGGGUUAUUCCAGCUGAAUCUGUGGAAUCCUUCAUGGAGGAGCAGCGAAGGGCUGGCCAUGAGGUCAGGGCCUGCAACUUUGUCUCUACUCCCCAUGUUGAUCAUUUCAGAAAUGACCCAAACCUCUAUACGUCUCAGCUCACCAAUUUUUUGGAGGACUGUGUGCUCACUUGUUGUAAACAGUCUUCUUAACUGAGAAAUAGUAAGCAUGUCCAUUUUUUCUCUUCAGAUUAUACUUUCUAUAGAUGAUAUACUCAAUUCAAUCUCAACUGUAAUUUCCUUCAUUAAAUUUGUUGGUGUAGAGGUUAUUAGAUGUAAGAAGAAUGAUCUCUACCUUUUUUUUUUUUUGCUAUUCAUUGUAUUCUUCUGUACAAACCUUAGAUCAAUGCAUUAAUAUAUUCAGGGGUGAUCCCCAUAUUUCUUUGAGAA